AUGCUUCAGGUUGCCGGUACUAUGUCGUUGGCAACGGGAGUGUGGCUUCGUGCAGAUUCUCGAUUCCGAGAUUUCCUGUCGCAGCGAUACCGAAACGUUGUUCAGGAAGCGUUUUGGCAGGUAUUUCAUCCCAUCUUGCGCUGCACUGGCAUCUCGGCUCCAACUUUGUACAUUUUCUCAUAUCUCUUGAUUGUGCUUGGAAUGAGUCUAGCAGUGCUCGGUGUAGUUGGUUGUUGCGCUGCGUCGAUUGGCUCGAGAGCCCUUCUUGUAAUAUAUGCGAUAGCAGCAUUUCUGGUCAUGCUCUGCAUCAUCUCAUCAUCGCUCUACCUUAUCUUCAAAAAAUAUGGCAUCGAUGUUGAAGUGGCUGAUGCGCUGAAUUACAUGGUGCAAAAUUACUAUCAAGGUGCUAGUAUUGUUCAGGAAAGCUUGGAUCGUUUGCAACAUACUUUUCGAUGUUGCGGAAAUGCUGGCUGUGAUGAUUUUCGGUUCUUGCAUCAGGAUCCUCCCCGUUCAUGCGAUAUCCGUUGUGAUGGCUGCCACUAUCGUAUAAUGACUGCAUUACAGAUCGCUUUCUCCGCCGCACUCGUCAUCUUUCUUGUCGUUGUAAUCGCCCAGCUUACUGCCGUGGUAAGCGCUUCAAUAAUGGUAGUAAGUACGAAGCGCGCGGAGGAGCAAUGGCUCGAGAAAAGGGGAUGUAGCCGAAGGUGUUUGGGGAAGAAUUACUGGCUUCCGGCGGAGCCAGAUCGGUUUAUCGACUUGAAUUCUUUGCGAAGCGAUGAUUGCCCGCUCUCCAGAUGCGAACACUUUGGGCAUUUCUCGGCACGACAGAGAUUUUGA